AUGGAUCAGCCGGUUGCUGUCACGUCGAUUCUUGUCGGUACUAUCAUCACCGAUGUUCAGAGCAUCCGUCCUGAUAUUUCCGACGUACAAAUUGCAAUGUCGAUUGCUGUGACAUGUGGAGGGAUUGUGACAUUCAUGGGAUUCGCCCGCCUAGGCUUCAUUGUCGACUUCAUCCCUCUUCCGUCUAUCGCAGCCUUCUCGACGGGGUCGGCGAUAACAGUCUGUUCGGGACUGAUCAAACAAUUGCUGGGUGAAACUGCCGAAUUCAGCACUCGGGGACCAGCUUAUCGUAUUAUCAUCGACAGCUUGAAGAAUCUGCCCACGUCAAGUAGAUAUGAUGCCGCCAUGGGCGUCUCUGCUCUCGGGAUGCUUUAUCUAAUUCGCAUUGGCUGCAGCUACGGAGCACGCAAACAUCCACAGCAUGCCAAAAGCUUUUUCUUCAUAUCGUCUUUGCGUGCAGCUACGGUCAUAUUUAUCUUCACAGCAAUUAGCGCCGCAGUCAACCUACAUCAUCGAAAUAAUCCGCUCUUUGCCAUCAUCGGAACUGUCCCUCGAGGCUUUCAGGGCGCAGGGGUCCCAAAGCUUAGCAGCGACGCCAUCAAGAUCUUUGCCCCCCAGCUUCCUGCUUGCGUGAUCGUGCUUCUCAUUGAGCAUAUUGCCAUCUCCAAAUCCUUUGGCCGCAUCAACAACUACACAAUCGACCCUUCCCAGGAGCUGAUUGCCAUUGGUAUCACGAACCUUCUAGGUCCCUUUCUCGGCGGUUACACAGCAACUGGCUCUUUCUCCCGCUCAGCAAUUCAAUCCAAAUCCGGCGCGCGGACUCCUUUUACGGGUGUCAUAACUGCCAUCGUUGUUCUGAUCGCGCUCUAUGCCCUGACCGAGGUGCUCUGCUUCACACCCAAGGCUUCGCUAGCCGGUGUCAUUAUCCAUGCAGUAGGAGACUUGAUCACAUCCCCAAAUACACUCUAUCAGUUCUGGCUCAUUGCGCCAUCGGAUGCCAUUGUCUUCGCCAUUGGAUUACUUGUCGCCAUUAUGGACUCAAUCCCCAGCAGCAUUUAUGCCACCGUCGUCUUGUCUCUCCUCAUUUUUCUAUUUCGUCAUGCCAAAGCACAUGGUCAAUUCCUUGCGAGAACUUGGAUUGGACCCAAGGAUGCACAAAGACCUUUGUUUUUACCAGCCGAUGGCUUCCCCGAUCUAAGUCUCGAGCAGCCGCGGCCGGGAGUGUUCAUCUAUCAAUUUCCAGAGGGCCUGAACUACUCCAAUACAAACCAUUACACGGAGCACCUGGUGCAGACAAUCUUGAAAAGCACUCGUUGCACCGACUCUCAGAUUUAUGCGACAAAGGGUGAUCGGCCAUGGAAUGACCCCGGAUUCAGCGAUAAAGACCAGGAAUCCAGCAACUCCCGCCUCCCGCUUCUCCGUGCGGUGGUCUUGGACUUUUCAUGUGUUAACGAUGUCGAUGUGACCUGCAUCCAGAAUCUGAUGGAUGUAAGAGACCAGCUCGAUCAUCGUGCUGCACCGUCGGCAGUUCAGUGGCAUUUUGCCAGUAUCAAAAACCGGUGGACCAAGCGUGCUCUCGCCGCGGCUGGGUUUGGGUAUCCACGUUCUUUGACCGAGACAACGGUCAUGGAAGGAAUUGCUGUCAAUGAGUCUGAGUGUUCCAGUGAUAGCCUCGAAGACGUGGAAAAGGGGAUUUUCGCACAUGACAAGUCUAGUUGCUGUGUCAAGUCCUGUGAGAAAAGUGUGUCCGUUGAAAGUCCCCAGUUGGCGGUACUCGAGCGCGAGGAUCGGCCUUUCUUCCAUGUCGACUUGGUCGGUGCAAUGGAGAGUGUGGAUGCUUAUUUAGAUCAAAGUCCGGCAAAUAGACUGGACGUUUGA